AUUCCGGAGGGGGGGGGAGGAGGGUUUGCAGCAGGAAGAGGCGUUCCCUAAAAUUAAGAGAAAAGGCGCCAACAAGUGGACCGCGAUCCUCCCUUCACUAGGUCUUUUAUCUCGCGCAGCAGCCAUGCCCGCCUUAGGUUCCGCGCCGCAGAACCAGCCAGUCCCAGAACCGAGAGCCGAGCCCCAGAAUGAUACAGCCUCAGACGCCUCAGCCUCGGUCUCCAGCCCGGAGAGCGACCCCAGCCCUAACCCCAGUCCCCCGCUCCAGAUGCACGGGGAGAAGCAGUAUCUGCAGCAAAUCGAGCACAUCCUCCAGUAUGGCUCCAAGAAGAACGACCGCACGGGCACCGGCACCAUGUCUGUGUUCGGCAUGCAAGCCCGCUACAACCUGCGAGGUGAAUUUCCUUUGCUGACAACCAAGCGUGUGUUCUGGAAGGGUGUCCUGGAGGAACUGCUAUGGUUUAUUAGGGGUUGCACAAAUGGUAAGGAGCUCUCCGCCAAGGGGGUGAAGAUCUGGGAUGCCAAUGGGUCACGUGAAUUUUUGGACAACCUGGGCCUCACUCAGAGAGAAGAAGGAGAUUUGGGACCAGUGUAUGGCUUCCAGUGGAGACAUUUUGGGGCAGAAUACAAAGAGAUGAACACAGAUUAUUCUGGGCAAGGAGUGGAUCAGCUACAAAAAGUCAUUGACAAAAUCAAAACCAACCCUGAUGACAGAAGGCUCAUUAUGUGUGCUUGGAAUCCAAAAGAUCUUCCUCUCAUGGCCUUGCCUCCGUGCCACGCUCUCUGUCAGUUCUAUGUAGCAAAUGGUGAGCUUUCCUGUCAGCUAUACCAGCGAUCUGGAGAUAUGGGCCUCGGGGUGCCGUUCAACAUUGCCAGUUACUCCCUGCUCACCUACAUGAUUGCUCACAUCACAGGCCUGAAGCCAGGUGAUUUUGUACACUCUCUGGGAGAUGCUCAUGUAUACAUGAAUCAUAUUGAGCCACUAAAAAUUCAGCUUCAGCGGGAACCAAGGCCUUUCCCCAAGCUCAAGAUUCUUCGGAAAGUGGAAAGCAUCGACGACUUCAAGGCCGAGGACUUCCUGAUCGAAGGCUACAACCCUCACCCGACCAUUAAGAUGGAUAUGGCAGUGUGAAGCUCCCGGCCUGCCUGAAAACCCCCUCAUCUUUCCCAGAAUGCUGUCUAACCUUAGCACUGCACAGCACACUUGUUCCAGCAGGCGGGAUGUAGUUCAGAUGAUAAAGAAGACAUGAGAAAGGGUUGGGAGUGGAGGAACGCCCCGUGACACAAGCAGGCCCUCGCGGCUCAUGUUCCCUGCACACACACACACACACUUUUGUAUAUAUUAAAAUAAAGCUGUUUUCUGCUGCUUCCUUUUCCACAGGAAUCCUCUAGUCCUGUGUGAGAGAACCUAGGACACAUGCUGGAGGGGGCUGCUCCCGGCCCCCUCCCCCCAUGCCUGAGGACAUUUGUCAUGUGACCCGCCCCUCUACCCAGCAGCUUAAGGGAGUGCUUCCUCCCUUCCCUGUCUAGAAUGGGGGGGAGGGGGGACACAUGAGGGUUGCAGUUUGGGGUCUCUAAAAGGUUUUUGCCAUCACUGAGGUCUCACUGCUAUCAUAAGCUGCUCCCAUCAGCAGACACUCAAGGGAGCAUUUACGAAGGCCAAAAUGCUGUGCCUGGUUAUUCCCCCAUCCUCCCUAAAAAUGUCCUUAGUGUAUAUACUUUUUGCCACCCAGGAAGAUGAGAAACUUGGGUAUCUAAUGAAUGGAGACGAGGCAAACCUGUUUGAAAUUGGCUUCUCCAUCCCUUUUUAAAGAGUUCCACUCUUGGCCAGCUUUGCUUGAAGGAACCAGGGGGGUCGUCUAGUUCUGUUGGCUUUAGGAAAAUAAUUUCUACUGUGAUUCUUUUGGGAUUUGGCAGCUUUUUUUGUGGAUGGUUAUGGGAAGUUGUUGGGUUGUUUCAGUGGUACUUGGCUCUGUUGGGGUUUUCCUGAACUGGUUUGUCACGUACAGAUGAGGAAACUGGCCAAGGGACUUGCCCAGGGGUCCCAGAGCUGGUGUCUGAGGCUGGAUUUGAACUCCUGAAGAUGAAGAGUCUAGUGCUCUAGACAUUGUGCCAGUUCCUUUGAGGUGUGUACCCAAGGAUUCUCAGUGGUCUUGGGUUGUUUAUGCAGGAGAACCCCAAUGCCAUUCCAAGAGGCCUAUUCUGAUCACUUCACUCCAGUUUGUUUCUGCCUCCUUGAAUGUAAAUGUUUUAAGGGGCAGCUAGCUGUGGAUUAAGAGUCAGGCCUAGAGGCUGGAUGUCCUGCAUUCAAAUUCAGCCUCAGAUAUUUCCUACCUUUGUGACCCUGGGUAAAUUGACUAAUCCCAAUUGCCAAGCCUUUAUCAUUCUGCCAUGAAAUCAAUAGUAUUGGUUCUUCUGUAUUAUGAUCACUUAAGUAAUAUAUUAUCUAAAUAAAUAAGCAGUUUGAAGGUCGA